CGUUCCCUCCCUUUGAUGGUAAUUACGCCUACUCUCUCAUACUUAUUGUCUUCAUCCCCACAGUGCUACUUCGCCGCCGUAGACAUGGCGGUUUCUUUGCCCGAAUCCACCAAUCCCACUACUACCACCCAAAAUUCAGAAGAAUCCUUUUCAUCUUGCCCAUUUAAACUCCAAAAACCUCCCCAUUUAACUGACUACUUGCCAGAUCUCAAAUCCUACACGAACCCAUUAGAUAACAACCCUUUCUACCACCCAACUGAUGGCUUCUACCUUACCCACUCAGACAUCAUCCUCCGCCAGAUUAUCAUCGACCUUUCUGGUACCUUCUCUUCUGGUGCUUCCCAGUUUGUCUACCAUCGGGCUGGCCCACGCCAGCAAAUCUUCUUUGAUCCAAGCAGCACUCGGGUAGCUAUUGUUACCUGUGGGGGACUCUGCCCUGGGAUGAAUACGGUGAUCAGGGAGCUGGUGGUUGGGCUGUGGGAACUAUAUGGGGUGCGUCAGAUAUAUGGGAUAGUUGCUGGGUACAGAGGAUUCUAUUCAAGAGAACCGACUGAGCUGAAUCCGAAGCUUGUCCAUGACUGGCAUAAGAAGGGUGGUACAGUUUUGGAGACCUCCAGGGGUGGCUUUGAUCUCCAUAAGAUUGUUGAUUCCAUUCAAAGUCGGGGCUUUAAUCAGGUCUAUAUCAUUGGUGGAGAUGGAACAUUGCGUGGGGCUGUAAAGAUAUUUGAUGAAAUUUGUCGCCGGAAACUGAACAUUGGAGUUGCUGCAAUUCCCAAAACAGUUGACAAUGAUGUAGGCAUUAUUGACAAAUCAUUUGGAUUCCAGACAGCUGUGGAGAUGGCACAACAAGCAAUUAAUGCAGCUUAUGUGGAGGCUGAGAGUGCAGUUAAUGGUAUCGGCCUGGUGAAGCUAAUGGGUCGAAGCACGGGUCAUAUAGCCCUCUAUGCAACGUUGAGCAGUCGUGAUGUGGAUUGCUGUUUAAUUCCUGAAACUGAAUUUUAUCUGGAAGGAAAAGGAGGGCUGUUUGAAUUUCUUGAGAAGAGAUUAAAAGAAAAUGGUCAUGCAGUUCUGGUUGUUGCAGAGGGGGCAGGACAGGAUAUGAUACCAAGAACAGAUGCCCAGAAAAAAGAGAGGGAUGAAUCAGGCAACCCAGUUUUCUUAGAUGUUGGUGCUUGGUUGAAGUCAGAGCUGAGGAACUGGUGGUCUAGAGACCACCCAAAUGAUUUAUUCACCGUGAAGUAUAUCGAUCCCACGUAUAUGAUACGUGCCGUCCCUGCAAAUGCCAUGGAUAAUCUAUAUUGCACUCUUCUUGCACAUUCAGCAAUUCAUGGGGUUAUGGCAGGUUACACUGGAUUUGUGUGUGGACCUAUUAAUGGGAACUAUGCUUAUAUCCCAUUGAAAGAAGUUGCAGAAGCUAAGAAUGAAGUUAACGUAAUGGACCAUAAAUGGGCAUGGGUGAGAUCCGUCACUAAUCAGCCUGAUUUUGUUAGGAAAUGAAGAUUCUCAGGCAACUAUUCGAUAUUGCGCAGUCAUAGAGUACCAAGGUCACUCCUUGUGCAUUCAAGAUAGAGAUAAAUAAUCCUAAAGGGUUUUCCAACACAGCCAAAUCUUGUUUAUAAGAAAAGGGAGCUGUUACCUACCAACGCAUAUUGAUGAUGUUUUGUGUUUGGGCUGGUGUGGUUUGUUGAAUGAUAAAUUUUUGUCUAGGUUGAUCCAUAUAAACUUGGGAUAUGCCUAUUGUAUCUAUUUGCCAUGUUAACAUGAUAGACAUGGUCUAGAUUGAACAGUUUCAUCAUACGUACGUAUCACCAAGAACAGGCAUGAGAUGCCAGUUUGUGAAUUAAAAUAUAGAAAAUGAUAUUAUUAAAAAUAUAUUCAGUUUAUUAUUGUAAUAAUUUAAAAUAUCAGAUUUGCAUGUUUAUAAAUAAAAUUAUUAUUUAUUAUUA